AUGGAUAUGUAAGAUUAGCAAUUGAAUGUAUAAGUGGCUGUGAGAAUAAGACCAUUAAAUUAAAAAGAGAUUAUUGCUAAAGAGGAUAGCUGCUUGAGAUCUGAUAGAAAGACUGUAAUUUAUAUUUACAAUUUUAGAUCAUUAUACCAUAAAAUGGCAAAAGCUUUUCAUUUGAUCAUGUAUUUGAUUAGGAUUCUAGUCAAGAUCAAAUAUUCUAAUGGUAACAUUAAUCAUAAAAUAUAUUAAGUUGUGUUACUAAUCUGAUUUUGAGAUGUUUUGAGGGAUACAAUAGUACUAUAUUGGCAUAUGGUCAAACAGGUUCAGGUAAGACUUAUACAAUGGGAACAUCUGCUAUAGAUUAAUUUACAGGUUAGAAUGUGAAUUCAUUAUAAAAUCAAAGUGAUUGUGGAAUGAUUCCAAGAGUUAUAUAUUUUUUAUUUGAAGAAAUAGAGAAAAGAAAGUAGGAAUAAGAUAUUAAUAUUACAUGUUCUUAUGUAGAAUUGUAUAAUGAAUAAAUCAUUGAUUUACUUAAUGAAUAAAUAAUUCAAACUAAUGUACAACCUACAAUUAGAGAAGAAAAAGAUCAUACAAUUUCGAUUUAAAAUUUGACUACCAUACCAGUUACUAAUCCAUAAUAUAUGAUUCAAAUCUUAAAUCGAGGGGGUGCACAUAGAACUACUUCUGCAACAUUAAUGAAUUUGAAUAGUUCAAGAUCUCAUGCUAUCUUCACAAUUUAUUUUGAAAUAAACAGAGAAUCUGAGGAAGGAUCAUUAAAAGCUAAAUUUCAUUUUGUUGAUUUAGCUGGUAGUGAAAGAUUAAAAAAGACAUAAGCUAUAGGUAAACAAAUGGAAGAAGGAAUAAAUAUAAAUUAAAGCUUAUUAGUAUUAGGUAAUGUAAUUAAAACUUUGAGUGAUCAAAAGAAAUCUGCUCAUGUGCCAUACAGAGAAAGUAAAUUAACUAGGUAUUUAUAUAUUGUAUUGUGAGAAUCCUUUAAGAUUCUUUAGGGGGGAAUUCAAAUACUUGUAUGAUAGCCUGCAUAUCUCCAGCUUCAAGUAAUUAUGAAGAAACUAUUAAUACUUUGAAAUAUGCAAGUAGAGCUAGGGAAAUAAAGAAUAAGCCAACAUAAAAUAGAGUAAUUAUCAAUUUAAUUAUAGGAUCCUCAUGUAGCUUAGGUUAUGGCUUUAAAAUAAACCAUCAAUUAUUUGAAUGAUCAAAUUAAGCAAUAUUAGUAAUUACUGAUAGACAACAAUAUAAAUACCGACAGUAUAAAAAUCAACUAAAAUCUAAUUACUGAUUUGAUUUAUUAAAACUAAUAAUAAACUUGUACAAAUCAUACUGAAUAAAUUAAUAAACUUAAAUCUUAGAAUUAAUAGUUUGAUCAGUAGUUGUAGAAAAUUCAAAAAGAAUUUUUAUUGCUUUAGAAAGAUUAUAGUGAGAGUGAAAUUGAAUGUUUUAAAGCCAAGAAAUAAAGAGAUUAGGUAUUAAAAUGGUUUUAAGAUGCUCGAAAGUAAAUACAAGAGAUAUUUUAGAUUACUAAUUUAAAACAAUAUAACAUCAAAUUUUAUUGAAGAUUUAUCUUUAGAUAGUUGUUAUAAUGAGAUAUUUAAUUUUAAAAAAAUAGUGUAAGAAUAAGAGUAGAAAAUAUAGGAGUUAUAAUAGAGGAAUGACAUUUUAAUAAAGGUAGUUUAAUUUGAUUAUUAUCUUAGUAUAGGAAUCUCAUAGGGAUUAAAAAUUAUUACUUAUAUAAUAUCAUAAAUAAAAUAAAUUAUUAAAUUUAGAAGAAUCAAAUGAUGAUUUUGAGAUGAAUGAGACAGAGUUUUUAGAGAAUGAUUAAAAAAUUGAGGAACAAGAAAAUAAUCUAAUAGAAAUAGAUAAACAAUAGACUUAAAUAAAGUUAUAAUUAUAAAAUGAAAUAAAAUAAGAUUAUCAUAAAUAAAUAGUUAAUUUGGAAUUAGAAAAAUUCAAUUUAUAAAGAUAAAUAAUAACAAAAUAAGAUUCAACUUAAAUUAAUAUUUUAAAACUAAAAAUUUAAGAGUAUGAAACUAAAAUUUUAGAGAUGAAAUAAAAAGAUACAAUGUCUAAAUAAUUAAAUAAAAAAUUAGAGGAAUAAGAAUCAUAAGUAAAUAAUUUGAAAAAUAAUAUUGAGUCUAUGAAAAGGUAAAAGGUAGAAUUAUUAAAAAAAAUGAAAUAAGAAAAUCAAAAAUAUAUGAAGGAAAAAGAUGAAAAGUAGAAAGAAUUAAUUAAAACUAAAAAACUUAAAAUAUAAUAAGAUACAAUUCUUUGUAAAUUAAAAAAUGAAAAUACAAAAAAAGAUAUUUAAUUGAAAAGAAAAGAUGAUGAAUUAUUAAAAUAAAAGAAUGAGAAACUUGUUAUUAAAUAACAUAACAAGUAUAAUCCAAAUUAGUCAAUUUAAUAUGAUUCUUUUUAAAAAUAAAUUGAUGAUUUAUUUAAUGAACUAAUUAUGGGAUAGUAGGCAGAAGAUUAAAUUACAUUAGAGUAUAAAUAAAUGGAAGAAAUUUAAGAAGAAUUACAAAUUAUUCAAAAAAAGAUAUGUAGCAUUUAAAUCAAAAUUGAUUAAUUAGAAUUUGACAUUGAAUAAAGUAAAAAUUAAUUGAACAAUGAAAUAUUAAAAUAAUUGGAAAUUGAAUUAAGUGAUUAUUAAGAAAAAAGAGAGAAUAUCAAAGAAACUAUAGAAUUUUAAGUUUAAAAAAUCAAUGAAUAUAGAACAGUAACUUAAAAAUCAAAUGAGUAUUACACUAUAAUGUUGACUAAUCAAUAUUUUAAAGACUUACCAAAUUGGUGUAUAAGAUCUUUUAGAUAUAUAAUUGAUAAUUGGGUUAAAGAUCAUAUGAUGAUGAGUGAUUAUGCUUAAUAAAUUGAAGAUUUGAAUUAAGCAAAUUAACUUUUAAUGAGUUCAAGACCAAGUCCAAUAAAGAAAUCAGCAAGAUCAAGUACUCCUAAUGAUGAUUUGAAAAGAUAAUUAAAUGAAUAUAAACGAAAACUUCAAGUUUCUUAGAAUACUUGUAGAACAACUAGUUUAGAAUUAGAUUAUUAUAAAAACUUUUAUAAUGAAUAGAUAAAUAAAUAAUAAAAAGAUAAGUCAAUAGGAUUGAAAUCUUAAUUAUAACAUUCAAAUUCAAAUUAUAUUGUACGGAAUUAUUAUCCAAAAGAUGUAAAAAAUGAAUAAGAGACUUAAACUUUAUCACGUACUAAAUCAAUAGGUCCAAUAAGUACAAGUGCAAGAGUAAGAAGUUCAUAUUCAAUGGCUGAUUAUAUAAAUUCAUCUUAAGAUCUUGGUGGUUAUGAGUAAAUAUUUAUUAUUAUACAAUUUUAGAUUAAUAAAGACUUUUUAAGGACAUGAUUAACCAAUUUUAUCUUUAUGUAAUAAAGACAACUUAUUAUUCUCUGGAUAAUAUAAAUAAGUUAAGGUUUGGGAUAUUGAAACAUCAUAAUUAUUAAGUUCAAUAGAGUAGAGUAGUCAUUGUAGAGCUAUUUAUUAUUGGGCUGAGAGAGAUUCAAUAGCAAUAUCUCAUGGAUCUUAAAUCACUUUGUAUGAUCCUUAAACUUUUACUUCUAAAGGAAUGUUAAAGUCAACCAUAGAGGAAGUAAAAGCCAUGACAACAAUAAAUGGAUUAUUUGUAGCAGUAGGAAAAUCAAUAAAUUCUAGUGCUUUGAAUAUUUGGGAUCAUAGAUAGAAUAAGUAUAAUAUAAUUUUUUAUUAGUGUUUUAUAUGAAUUUGAAAAAGGUUCAGAUAUUCUAAGUACUUAUGGGUCUAAUGAGAAUAGAGAAUUAAUUUAUGGAACAUUAAAACAUUAUACUAAAAGAAUUCCUUUCAGUAAAAAUAAAUAUGGAUAGAUUUAAUAAUUAUAACCUCCUUAAUUAGAUAAAGUUACUGGUGUGGCAUCUUUUAAUAAUUAUAUUGUUAGUUGGUACUAUUAUUAUUAUAUAAAAAUAUUAGUUCUUUAAGUAAGAGAAUGUUGUUAUGGAAUUAAUAAACUGGUUUGGAGAUGUAAACAAAUGAUAGUAUCCAUAAAGAUUUGAUAAUGACAUUAGCAAGUAAAUAAUCAAUCUUAUAUUUAUAGUUGAUAAAUCAUUAAAAUUAAUAUACACUGGUUCAAAGGAUGGAUAAAUUAAAGCAAUUAAAAUAAAUGAGGAUGGAAAAUUUCAACUUGUAAAUGAAAUUAAUGCUUCUACAUAACCAGUGAAUGUUUUGAAUGUGAUCUAAACCAAUAAUUAUGUUGUAAGUGGUGGUUAAGAUAAAUUAAUCAAAAUAUGGAAACCUUCUAAAUAUUUAUUAUAGUAAUAAAAUCUUAUAGGAGAAUUUAAUAUAGAUGAUAAAAUGUGA